UCUCUCGAGCGGCCCCAUCACUGCGCCGGGCCCCCCUCCCCUGCCGUCAUCACGCUCCCCUUCUCCCUUCUUGGCACUUUCCUCUCGAACCAUCCUUCUGGACAAACUUUGAUGGAGAAUUUCACACCACGCUGGAAAAAUGCCGGUUAUGAAAGGAUUACUGGCGCCCCAGAACACCUUCCUCGACACCAUCGCCACCCGUUUUGACGGAACACAUAGCAACUUCAUCCUCGCCAACGCCCAGGUGGCUAAGGGUUUCCCCAUAGUCUACUGUUCGGAUGGCUUCUGUGAGCUUGCUGGAUUUGCCCGGACAGAAGUCAUGCAGAAGAGUUGUAGCUGCAAAUUCUUAUUCGGGGUUGAGACCAACGAGCAACUGAUGCUUCAGAUAGAAAAGUCCUUGGAGGAAAAAGCAGAAUUCAAAGGAGAAAUUAUGUUCUACAAGAAGAACGGGUCUCCAUUUUGGUGCCUAUUGGAUAUUGUCCCUAUAAAGAAUGAGAAAGGAGAUGUGGUCCUUUUUCUGGCCUCAUUCAAAGAUAUAACAGAUACAAAAGUGAAGAUUACUCCAGAAGAUAAAAAAGAAGACAAAGCCAAAGGGAGAUCAAGAACAGGGACCCACUUUGAUUCAGCCCGGAGACGGAGCCGAGCGGUCCUUUAUCACAUCUCUGGCCACCUGCAAAGAAGAGAAAAGAACAAAUUGAAAAUAAAUAAUAAUGUUUUUGUAGAUAAACCAGCAUUUCCGGAGUAUAAAGUUUCUGAUGCAAAAAAGUCCAAAUUCAUACUUUUGCAUUUUAGCACUUUCAAAGCCGGCUGGGACUGGCUUAUUCUAUUGGCGACGUUUUAUGUUGCCGUGACCGUACCUUACAACGUUUGCUUUAUUGGCAAUGAUGACCUAUCGACAACUCGGAGCACAACAGUCAGUGACAUUGCAGUGGAGAUUCUUUUUAUUAUAGAUAUUAUUUUAAAUUUUCGAACAACCUAUGUCAGCAAGUCUGGCCAAGUUAUCUUUGAAGCAAGAUCAAUUUGCAUCCACUAUGUCACAACCUGGUUCAUCAUUGAUUUAAUUGCUGCCCUGCCUUUUGACCUCCUGUAUGCUUUCAACGUCACAGUGGUGUCUCUCGUGCAUCUCCUGAAGACCGUCCGGCUACUGCGUCUUCUGCGUCUCCUGCAGAAGUUGGACCGUUAUUCCCAACACAGCACAAUCGUCCUGACUCUGCUCAUGUCCAUGUUUGCCCUUCUUGCACACUGGAUGGCAUGUAUCUGGUAUGUCAUUGGAAAAAUGGAGAUGGAAGACAACAGCCUUCUGAAGUGGGAAGUUGGUUGGCUUCCUGAGCUGGGAAAGAGACUGGAAUCUCCAUACUACGGUAACAAUACUUUGGGGGGGCCGUCGAUCCGAAGUGCCUAUAUUGCCGCUCUGUACUUCACACUCAGCAGCCUCACCAGCGUUGGGUUUGGGAAUGUCUCUGCUAAUACAGAUGCAGAAAAGAUCUUUUCCAUCUGCACCAUGCUGAUUGGUGCCUUGAUGCAUGCCCUGGUGUUUGGAAACGUGACGGCGAUCAUACAGAGGAUGUAUUCCAGGUGGUCCCUCUAUCACACUAGAACCAAGGAUCUGAAGGACUUCAUACGUGUCCAUCACCUGCCCCAGCAGCUCAAGCAGAGGAUGCUUGAAUAUUUCCAAACAACCUGGUCAGUCAACAAUGGAAUAGAUUCCAAUGAGCUUUUGAAAGACUUUCCAGAUGAGCUUCGUUCUGACAUCACCAUGCACCUGAACAAGGAAAUCUUACAGUUGUCCCUUUUUGAGUGUGCCAGCCGGGGCUGCCUCAGGUCUCUGUCCCUACACAUCAAAACCUCCUUCUGUGCUCCAGGGGAGUAUCUGCUGCGUCAGGGAGAUGCUUUGCAGGCUAUCUACUUUGUAUGCUCGGGCUCCAUGGAAGUUCUUAAAGACAGCAUGGUGCUGGCGAUUCUUGGGAAAGGAGAUUUAAUUGGAGCCAAUCUAUCAAUUAAGGACCAAGUGAUCAAGACCAAUGCCGAUGUGAAGGCGCUAACCUACUGUGAUCUCCAGUGCAUCAUCCUCAAAGGACUCUUUGAAGUGCUGGACCUUUACCCAGAAUACGCUCACAAAUUUGUGGAAGACAUUCAGCAUGACCUCACAUACAACCUUCGAGAAGGUCACGAGAGUGAUGUGAUAUCAAGAUUAUCGAACAAAUCUACGGUCUCACAGCCAGAGCCCAAGGGAAAUGGCAGCAUCAAGAAGAGACUCCCAUCCAUUGUGGAAGACGAGGAAGAGGAAGAGAGCCGGGAGGAGGAGGAGACUGCAUCCCUCUCCCCCAUCUACACUAGGGGAUCUUCCUCUUCCCGUAGCAAGAGGCCUGGAAGCAGUAAGAGCUAUCUCGGCUUAAGCCUGAAGCAGCUGGCCUCGGGAACAGUGCCAUUUCACUCACCUGUCAGAGUCUCCAGUUCCAAUUCCCCCAAAAGCAAACAGGAAGCCGACGCCCCUAACCAUGGUAAAAGAAAAGAGAAGAACUUGAAAUUGCAACUUUCAGCUUUGAACAAUGCUGGACCCCCAGACCUCAGUCCCAGGGUUGUUGAUGGAAUUGAAGAUGGAAACUGCAGUGAGGAAAGCCAGUCUUUUGACUUUGGCUCUGAACGAGUCAGACCGGAGCCCCGAAUUUCUCCUCCUCUUGGAGGCUCGACAUCCUGCAGCUUACCAGCCCAGGUAAAUGGUGUGUCAGGAGGAGACUCAAAUUUCUGCUCUUCAUCAGAGGACCCAGAGAUUGGAGCUGCUGUCCUCUUCAUCAAAGCAGAGGAGACCAAGCAGCAGAUAAACAAACUCAACAGCGAGGUAACGACACUGACUCAGGAGGUGUCCCAGUUAGGUAAAGACAUGAGGACUGUGAUGCAGCUUCUAGAACACGUCGUGUCCCCCCAGCAGCCCGCUCGGUUUUGCUCUCUGCACACCACCUCUGUGUGUCCCUCCAGCUUACAGACCAGGAUGACCUGGAGCACACACCAACCCUGUCUACACUUGCAAGCAGGUGGAGCCUCUUAUACCCAAGCCCAGCUUUGUCAUGGGAAUGUCACCCCUGACAUAUGGAGUGUGGAUCCCUCCUCUGUGGGGAGCAGCCCCCAGCGAACUGGCGUUUACGAGCAAAAUCCUGCAGGCGGUGAACUGUAUCAUUCUCCGAACCUUGAUUAUUCACCUGCCCGCUACCAGGUCGUCCAAGAAGGUCGUUUGCAGUUUUUAAGGUGCAUCUCUCCACAGUCAGACACUACGCUGAUGCCUCUGCAGUCCAUCUCGGCCACUCUCUCGUCCUCUGUCUGUUCCUCCUCAGAAACAUCUUUGCACCUGGUUCUCCCAAGCAGAUCGGAGGAGGGCAGCUUGGGCCAAGGAGCCAUGAGUUCCUUCAGUCUGGAAAACCUGCCAGGAUCUUGGGACCGGGAAGGAAGGGCAUCCAUCACUACUGAACCCUCGGAGAACUUUCCACUGGAAGUUGUCACAAGCCCAGCAGAAGUGAAAGAUACUAAAGCCAUAAACGUAUGAUAUUAGGGCAUGUGAGGCAGCCGCCAGUUUCAGCUCCACCACUGCAUGACAGCCCUGGUUUGCCUUUCUUGCCUCUGGCAGCAUGAAGACUGGGCAAGGCUGGGAGACCUGUGGAAGAGAGGGUCCGGGGAAAGGCAGAACCACCUCCAGACUGUAGCAGACACUUCCUGGAUCCUAGAAACAAAAUAGGAACAUUUUCCUGUACAGGCAUUAACUUCCUGGUCUGUUUGACAGACUUUGGUAAAAGUCCAAAGACCCUGAGGGUCUGAGCAGCUAGAUGUCCCAGACAGAGAAUGUGUGGAUUCAUUUUGUCCUAGGUGGCUUUUGUGAAGUGCAGCAAAGUUUUUUUCUGAGUGCCUGUGUGUCACUCCUGAACAGUAUCCGUAGGACUGUGGGCCCUGGGAGUGCACAGCUCUUGCUGAUCUAUUUUUCAAAUGCAGAAGGCAAAGGGACACUUAUCACUGCAUGUCAUCUCCUAGACAAUCAGUCACACAGAGCUGGUGGCCAGUGGUCAGCUAUUGCACGUUAUUUGCCAUGUAAAUGAAUAUGUCUUUAUUUAUCAAAAAAAAAGAGACGCUAUUUUUAUAUCCUUGGUAUGAAAUAUGUAUUUAAACUAUUUAAAUUAUUUAUAAAGAAAUGAAUGUUUUCAU